GGCUGCGCGUCCCCGUCCCGCCGCGCGGCCUCGCCUCCGUGCGCGCGCGGCCACGUGUACGGCGGCGGGGCCGGUCCGGCAGCACCGGGAUGAGCGUGGGCUUCAUCGGCGCGGGGCAGCUCGCCUUCGCCCUGGCCCGCGGCUUCACCGCGGCAGGGGUCCUGGCUGCGCACAAGAUCACGGCGAGCUCCCCGGACACAGAGCUGCCCACCGUGAGCGGGCUGCGGAAAAUGGGAGUGAACUUCACGGUGAGCAACAAGGACACGGUGAAGAGCAGCGAUGUCCUCUUCCUGGCCGUAAAGCCGCCCAUCAUCCCCUUCAUCCUGGAGGAGGUGGGCCCCGACAUCGAGGCGCGGCACAUCGUGGUAUCCUGCGCGGCCGGCGUCACCAUCAGCUCCAUCGAGAAGAAACUCUCUACCUUCUGCCCCACACCAAAAGUGAUCAGGUGCAUGACCAACACCCCUGUGAUAGUCCGGGAAGGUGCUACAGUCUAUGCCACUGGCACUCAUGCGGAUGUGGAAGAUGGGAAGCUUUUGGAGCAGCUGAUGGCCAGUGUGGGCUUCUGCACCGAGGUGGAAGAGGACCUCAUCGAUGCUGUAACGGGGCUCAGUGGCAGUGGCCCUGCGUAUGCGUUCACUGCCCUGGAUGCUCUUGCAGAUGGAGGAGUGAAGAUGGGCCUUCCCCGCAGGCUGGCAGUUCGGCUGGGAGCACAGGCUUUGCUGGGUGCUGCCAAAAUGCUGUUAGAAUCUGAGCAGCAUCCGGGUCAGCUGAAGGACAAUGUCUGCUCACCCGGGGGAGCCACCAUCCAUGCCCUGCACUUCCUGGAGAGUGGUGGCUUUCGCUCUCUCCUCAUCAACGCUGUGGAGGCUUCCUGUAUCCGGACAAGGGAGCUGCAGCAUUUGGCAGACCAAGAGAAGAUUUCCCCAGCAGCCAUAAAGAAAACGUUGCUGGACAAGGUGAAGCUGGAGUCUCCUUCUCUGUCUGUGGCAUCUGCUAGCAAAGUCAGUCUGUUCACCAGCAAGAGCAAGAAGAACUGAGCAGACUGCUGCAUUCUGGCAGUGCUGAAUGUCAGUGUCCUGGCUGCAGCCAGGACAGGGUUAAUCUUUGCAGUAGCCAGGAAUGGUGGCCAGGACCCUGGUUAUUCUAUACACAUGGACAAAGGGGAGGGGAGGGCUUGCAGCAGGGGAGAGGGGUUGGAGAAGGAUGGGGAGAAGGGGUCCCUCUGGCUGGGUGCAUGAAGUGAGCAGUGGGAGCAGCAUCAUGUUGCACGUGGUGAGCAAUCAUGUGUGAAUUCUUCACCUCUCUCCUACACUCUUCUUAGUAUUGUUGCUGUUAUUAUUUGUUUUCUCAUCUCAUUACUGCUUCCAGUAAAUUGUUCUUGUAGCAAA